AUUAUAUUGGUCAACAUUCUUGUUUUGGCUCUCUCCACCCGUGUCAAUCAGUUCCAGGACUUCUUCUAUGUCGCGGACCUCUUCCCUUUUGCCCUGUCCAUCGUUACACUCGUCAUCUCGGUUUUCAUGCUUCUGCUUGACAUUGGAGUGAAAGAUUCAAUCACCGCCCGCCCGCCUUUUCAGAUCGGCAUCAUGUUCGUUUUGAGCAUCUUUUGGCUAGCAUUCAACGCCUUCUCAACGUCACGCUGGAAGGAAGUACCUAUGAACUGCUCCACUAUUCCCGCUGGUGCGUUGUAUCCCUCUGUG